ACAUUUUCCACAAUACCAUUUUUCUUAUCAUCAAAAUGUUCUUCAACUUCAAUUUUGAUUCAGCAAUAGACGCUGGUAUCAACCCUCAAUUUCAAAAGUCCCAUAACCCUAACCCUAACCCUAACCCUAACCCUAACCCUAACCCUAAUUUUGAUGAAGUUGUGCACGACAUCCUUCAUCUCGAUGACCAAAUCUAUUUCAAAGAUGUUUCGGAUUACCUCAUGUCCGAGGAAAAUCCGGAAGAAACAGAUCUAUCUCAAAAUAAAAGUAUUUACGAUGAAUCUUCAAGUUCGAUUGGUAACAAAGAGUAUAGAAGAAUAGUGAAGAACUACAACAAGGAAAAACAAGAUUUUAGGGUUGCAUUUAGGACCAAAUCGAAGCUUGAAAUCAUGGAUGAUGGUUUCAAAUGGAGAAAAUAUGGGAAAAAGAAGGUCAAGAGUAGUCCUAAUCCGAGGAAUUACUUCAAAUGCUCAAAUGGAGAAUGCAGCGUGAAGAAAAGAGUAGAAAGAGAUGCAAAUGAUUCACGCUUUGUGAUAACAACUUAUGAAGGAGUGCACAAUCAUGAGAGCCCUACUUGUGUACUUUAUUGCAAUCCAAAAUCAUUUCUCUUUGAUUAAUUGCCAACCUCUGAUAUAUAUGGAUCAUAAUUAUAGAUAGGUAAACGAAAAAUUGAUAUCAUCCAAUAUGGGUAUUGUAUGUGAUAUAUUAUGAUUAAAAACUUUGUGCAUCUAGGUAAAUGUCUACGUGCUAAGAUCAUAUAUAAUAUAUUUUCAUACCUGCGGUAAA